UCCAUUUCACAGGCCUGCCUGCUCUCCCUAACGAUCUCCCUCGUCCCCGGGCCAACUCGGACAGUUUGCUCAUUUAUUGCAACGGUCAAGGCUGGCUCGUGCCAGAACAGCGUGCGUGCGCGCGCGCACACACGCGCACACACGCGCGCACACACACACGCCGGGGAAAACUUUGUUAAAAAAAUGAAAGCCUAGACUAGCUGCUCAGCGGCCCGGGCGCUGCGCGACGGGUUCGGAGCUGAGUCCCCGCGGCAGGAAGUCCCUCGGGUCGCGACGCCCGGCCCCCGCUCGGCGCCCCCGGGGGAUGGUGCAGCGCCCGCCGCCCGGCCCCGAGAGCUGCUGCACGGAAGGCCGGCGACGAUGGCAGCGCGCCCGCCGCCCGCGCCCCCCGCCCGCGCCCUCCUGCUCGCCCUGGCCGGGGCUCUGCUGGCGCCGCGCGCAGCCCGAGGGGUGAACUUGGGAAGCAGGUUCGUACCUUCCGUGCAACAGGCCAGCAUGAGGGACGGGAGAGGAGCUUAUGAAGUGGUCAGUGCCUCUCUUUUGAACGGAGACCCAUGGAACCCAAAGAAGAACGCCGACUCAAAGAAUCAUCCAGGAGUGUUGAAUUUUCGAAUACAACUGGAAAGCAAAGAACUGAUCAUAAAUCUGGAAAGAAAUGAAGGUCUCAUUGCCAGCAGUUUCACGGAAACCCACUAUCUGCAAGAUGGCACUGAUGUCUCCCUCGUUCGAAAUUACACAGGUCACUGUUACUACCAUGGACACGUGCAAGGCUAUUCUGGUUCCACGGUCAGUCUCAGCACUUGUUCUGGUCUCAGGGGACUCAUUACAUUUGAAAAUAGAACCUAUAUUUUGGAGCCAAUGAAAAAUGCAACCAACAAUUACAAACUCUUCCCAGUGGAGAACCUGCAAGGCACCUGGGGGUCCUGUGGCUCGAACACAUCGGGCCUCACCGCGCAUGACAGGCUCCCAGCGCCCUCCCAGACCUGGACAAGAAGGCAAAAAAGAGAGACCCUCAAGAUGACCAAGUACGUAGAGCUCGUUAUCGUAGCAGACAACCGAGAGUUUCAGAGGCAAGGAAAAGACCUGGAAAAAGUCAAGCAGCGAUUAAUAGAGAUUGCUAAUCACGUUGACAAGUUUUACAGACCACUGAACAUUCGAAUCGUGUUGGUGGGCGUGGAGGUAUGGAAUGACAUCGACAAAUGCUCCAUAAGCCAGGACCCGUUCACCAGCCUCCAUGAGUUUCUGGACUGGAGAAAAAUGAAGCUUCUACCUCGCAAAUCCCAUGACAAUGCACAGCUUAUCAGUGGAGUUUAUUUCCAAGGGACCACCAUCGGCAUGGCGCCCAUCAUGAGCAUGUGCACGGCGGAGCAGUCCGGGGGAAUCGUCAUGGACCAUUCUGACAGUCCCCUUGGUGCGGCCGUGACCCUGGCACAUGAGCUGGGACACAAUUUCGGGAUGAACCAUGACACACUGGAGAGGGGCUGUAGCUGCAAAACGGCUGCGGACAAAGGAGGCUGCAUCAUGAACCCUUCAACCGGGUACCCAUUCCCCGUGGUGUUCAGCAGCUGCAGCAGGAAGGACCUGGAGGCCAGCCUGGAGAAGGGCAUGGGCAUGUGCCUCUUUAACCUGCCCGAAGUUAAGCAGUCCUUCGGAGGCCAGAAGUGUGGGAAUGGGUAUGUCGAAGAAGGAGAGGAGUGUGACUGUGGGGAACCAGAGGAGUGUCUGAAUCUCUGCUGCAACGCCACCACCUGUACCCUGAAGCCAGAUGCUGUCUGCGCACACGGGCUGUGCUGUGAAAACUGCCAGCUGAAACCUGCAGGAACGGCGUGCAGGGACUCCAGCAACUCCUGUGACCUCCCGGAGUUCUGCACGGGUGCCAGUCCUCACUGCCCGGCCAACGUGUACCUGCAUGACGGGCACAUGUGUCAGGGGGUAGACGGCUACUGCUACAACGGCAUCUGCCAGACGCACGAGCAGCAGUGCGUCACCCUGUGGGGACCAGGUGCUAAACCUGCCCCCAGGAUCUGCUUCGAGAGAGUCAACUCUGCAGGUGACCCUUACGGCAACUGCGGCAAAGACUCCAAGAGUUCCUUUGCCAAGUGCGAGAUGAGAGAUGCUAAAUGUGGGAAAAUCCAGUGUCAAGGAGGCGCCAGUCGGCCAGUCAUUGGUACCAAUGCUGUUUCCAUAGAAACAAAUAUCCCCCUGCAGGAAGGAGGUCGGAUUCUGUGCCGUGGGACCCACGUGUACUUGGGCGAUGACCUGCCGGACCCAGGGCUGGUGCUUGCUGGCACAAAGUGUGCAGAUGGAAAAAUAUGCCUCAGUCGUCGCUGUCAGAACGUGAGUGUGUUCGGUGUUCACGAGUGUGCAUUGCAGUGCCACGGCCGAGGGGUGUGUAAUAACAGGAAGCACUGCCACUGCGAGGCCCACUGGGCGCCCCCGUUCUGUGACAAGUUUGGCUUUGGAGGAAGCACGGACAGCGGCCCCGUCCGACAAGCAGACAACCAAGGUUUGACGAUAGGAAUUCUGGUGACCAUCCUGUGUCUUCUUGCUGCUGGAUUUGUGGUUUAUCUCAAAAGGAAGACAUUGAUACGACUGCUGUUCACAGAGAAAAAAACCACCAUUGAAAAGCUAAGGUGUGUGCGCCCUACCCGGCCGUCCAGGGGUCCCCAGCCCGGUCAGGCUCACCUCACCCACCUCAGCAAAGGCCCAGUGAGGAAGCCGCCACCUUGCAACACACUUAAGGACAAUACCAGGAGAUUGCCGCAGUGUCAGCACGUGGACAUCAGCAGACCCCUCAAAGCCCUUGACGCCCCUCUGCCCAGUUCUCCUCAGCGAGGGCUCCCGCCCCUGCACCAAGCUCCUCGUGUGCCCUGCGUCCCUGCCAGACCCCUGCCAGCCAACCCUGCACUCAGACAGGCCCAGGGAACUCGUAAGCCAAACCCUCCUCAGAAGCCUCUGCCUGCAGAUCCUUUGAGCAAGACCACCCGGCUGGCCAGCGCCUCCGCCAGGACCCUGGGGCAGCAGGAGUCCGGGCUCCGCCUGGCGCCCAUCAGACCUGCUCCCAAACAGCCCCAUCAAGUGCCCAGACCCGCCCACACCGCCUAUGCUAAGUGAGAAGCAGGCCGACACCUUUGUUCUACAGUGAAGACAGAAGUUUGCACUAUCUCUCAACUCCAGUCGGAGUUAUUU